AUGUUGUACUCACUACUUGACAUUUGGAUGAUUAUACACGGAUCUGCGGCAGUGCUCGUUAAACCUUUGUCGUCCAUAUACUGGCUUAGCUUGCUAUUGUCUGGCACGCCUUCUGAUUCAUUCUGUAGAGAGCUUUCUGCAGCAUACUUCUUCGUCGGGCUAAUUGGUCGUCAAAGCCGUCGACCUGGUCCUGUACAUCCCUAUGUCGACUCUACCGAUCAGCCUUGUCAUAUUAACGCUCUCCGUCCUCGCCCUUAUCAAAAUGAAGACCGAGAGGGCGUCGAAGUUCUUCUGGGAGUGGAAGCUUUUCACUGUUCGUAUCUAAUGCGCAUAAUGCUGACCCGAAAGGACCUGCUUGUGCAUGUGGAGGGUAUCAAGGUGAAAAUCGGGAUCACGGAUGCGUGGCUCAUGAACGACGCAAAGGCGCUAAGCAUCAUCGCACAAGGCGUGAAACUGCCGGACCAGGCCAAAUUUCACUUUCCGGCGCUUACGAAAAGUUAUGCAGCGCUACGAAAGAUUUACAACCGAUCAAUAAUACAUAAUCGCGUGGUAACUUCACGGGUUUAA